AUGACUUCCCUGCCUGGAGGUGUGCAGGCCGGCUUUGCAGACACUGGUUGUGUGUUUCAGGCACCGUUGUUUCUGGAGAACGUGGUCAUCCUCUUCAGCCGGGAAGAGUGGGCUUUGCUGAAUGUCGCUCAGAAGAAACUCUACAAGGAUGUGAUGAGGAAAAUAAUGAAAACCUUGGAAUUCAUAGAACAUAGAUGCCUUGCCAGUUCAGAGAAGCCGUUUCCAUGUAACAAAAGGAAGAAACCAUUUUCACAACGUAGGGAGCUGACUGCACACAGAAGAAUUCACGCAGGAGAGAGACCUUAUGAAUGUAAGGAAUGUGGGAAAGCAUUUCCACACUCCAGUCACCUCAGGAUACAUAAACGAAUCCACACGGGAGAGAGACCAUAUGAAUGUCAGGACUGUGGAAAAGCAUUUUCACACUCAAGUCACUUCAAUAUCCAUCGACGAAUCCACACGGGAGAGAGACCUUACGAAUGUCAGGAGUGUGGGAAAACCUUUACAGGGUCAACUCAGCUGAGCAGACAUCGACGGAUUCACACGGGAGAGAGACCUUACGAAUGCCAGGAGUGUGGGAAAACCUUCAGUCAGUCCGGUCCCCUUAAGAGACAUAAACUCAUUCACACGGGAGAGAGACCUUACGAGUGUGAGGCCUGUGGAAAAACCUUCAGUCAGUCAGGUCCGCUGAAUAGACAUCGACGCAUUCACACAGGAGAAAGACCUUACGAAUGUCAGGACUGUGGGAAAACCUUCAGUGAGUCAGGUCCCCUGAAUCGACACAGACUUCUUCACACAGGAGUGAGACCGUAUGAAUGUGAGGAAUGUGCAAAAGCCUUUACAGACUUAACUCAGCUCAAUACACAUAGACAGAUUCACACAGGACAGAGACCUCAUGAAUGCAAGGAAUGUGGGAAAGCAUUUUUACGUGCAGCUCACCUGCUGGCCCACAGAACGGUGCACACGGGAGAGAGACCCUAUGAAUGUCAGGACUGUGGAAAAACGUUUACUCAGUCAGCUGUUCUCAUUGCUCAUAGGAGAAUUCACACCGGAGAGAGACCUUAUCAGUGUCACUGUGGAAAAACCUUUAAACAGUCAGGGCACCUCAGAAAACACAGGAGAAUUCACACAGGAGAGAGACCUUAUGAAUGUCAGCAAUGUGGGAAAGCGUUUUCACCAUCAGGCCAGUUGCAUGCGCAUAAAAAUGCACACCAGAGAGCCGAGCAGGUGACCACUACGGCCCCUCCCGAGUCUAAGGAGGCCGCUCCUGCCGCCCGGUCGUGUCCAUUGUGUCCAGAGCUCCAGGCCUUCCUCCGCGAGCCGCCGCUUCCCGCGCCAGUGGCCUGGGCGGCCCUGCGCACGUGCAGGGGCCCGGAGUACCCGGCCCGUUCCGUAUCCAUUCUCUCCUACGAGGUGGAUGCCUGCGGUCACUCGCCUUAG